AUGGCCAUAAAAGAUUGUGAGAUCCCAGGUCCGGAUGAAGGACCCGAACCUGGAUCACGUUGGAAACUCGCAUUCGACGAUGCUUCAAAUUACACCGGACAUGGUAUUGAAGCUGUUAUAGUCUAUCUGAAUGGUGGUUUCACCCCUUUUACAACAAGAUUGUGCUUUGGCUGUACAAAUAAUAUGGAAGAAUACGAGGCCUGCAUCAUCGAUAUUAAAGUUGUAAUCGACCUCCACAUCAAAAAUCUUGAAGUAUACAUAGAUUUUGAUUUGGUAAUUUGUCAAAUCAAAGGAGAGUGGGAGACAUGGGACUCCAAGUUGAUCCCAUACCGCACUUAUGUCAGAGGACUGAUAAAGUACUUCGAUGAUAUUACUUUUCAUCACAUUCCAAGGGAAGAAAACCAGGUGGCAGGUGCUUUGGCUACAUUGGCCUCAAUGUACCAAGUUAGAUUUUGCAAUGAAGCUUCACUCCUUGUAGUAGAGAGGAAAACUGAGCCAACCUAUUUUUAG